CCGUAUUCUCCGACCCUUUUAUAAAAACCAUUUAGCUCUAAACCAUAACGGCAAAUAUUUGAGAGAAGAAGACGGAGGAGAAGAAGAAGAAAUAUGGCGUCUUUGAUUACCACUUUGCCUCUAGUAUUUCUCUUAUUUACGACAUUCUACCACCUUGGUGAGUCCAGAACAUUUAUCGUGGGAGGAGAUCUUGGAUGGAAGGUUCCAGCACUAACCCCGAACAACAGUAACAGUCUCAUCGACUGGGCUAAUCAUGGACGGUUCCUAGUCGGAGACGUCCUCGAAUUCAAAUAUGAUUCCAACGUUGAUUCGGUGUUAGAAGUGACAAAAGAACACUUCGAAACCUGCAACGCAGAAAAGCCAUUAAAGUCUUACAAACAUGUAAACACCAUCGUGAAACUUGAUAACUCAGGUCCAAACUACUUCAUCAGUGGAGUUCAUGAUAAUUGCGUUAAAGGUGAGAAAGUGAUCGUCAGGGUAAUUGCGUCCAAAUACGCACCCCGUCCUGCUCCACCGACUACUACUCCAGCUGCACCAGCGACUCCUUCUUCAAAGCCACCUACUUCUCCAGCUACACCGGAGACUCCUUCUUCAAAGCCACCUACUCCUCCGGCAGCUCCGGUGGCUCCGGCACCAGGUCCGUCCAACAACACUGCCGGUGGGUUGGUUGCUGGAAGUGGCAUCUUCUGGGCCUUUGUUGCUCUCAUUGGGCUCGCUUUGGUUUAAGUUUGAAAUCUUUGUUAUGCAACCAAAUCUAUGUUAGAGAAUAAUUAUUAUCUGAGUUCAUGUCAUAUUUGACAUUUACUAAUAAUUAAUUUGCAGUAUUUUUUGUUUCUUGUCAACAAUUUAUUCUACACAUAAAUUGUAUCAGUUGUUUUCCUAGCAAUGUCUAAUCAU